AUGAAGACGUCUCUCGUCCUCUCCGCCCUGGUGUGUGCCGUCUCGGCUACAGCCACAAACAUGCACCGCAGAGCGGACACCCUCCUCCCUGCCGCUGGUAUCCCAAAGGCCGGAUAUAACGCCUACGGAGGAAGUUAUGAUCAUCCCGAGACCAACAAAUUUCAGGCUGUCGGCCAGAAGCAGGCUUCCAGCUCGGGCGCAAGCAACCCCAGUUCUAAUGCAAAUACAAACUCAAACAAGGCGGCUUCCAAGACCCAGAAGUGCAUCUCCAAGAGCAAGCUUGAGUCGAUUGUGAACAAGUACGUUGCUACGUUCUCAGGCAUCACCGAUGGUGGAGCUCUUGCAAAGACUAUCUUUGAGGAGGAUGUCAAGUUUUAUUCUCAGUCUGUCUGGUGGACUUCGUCGUCUAAGAAGAUCAACAAAUACGCGAAGAACGACGACUUUCCUCCCAUCUUCAAGAACAGAAAGGAGCUCAUCGACGGCAACAUUGAAAAGACCAAUGAUCCCAGCGCCUUCAUCAAGGGCCCUAUUGCCUACGGCUGCAACACCUUCACUUUUUACUGGAAGGGCGACAUGGAUGUUGAGGGCGGAACCCGCCGCGGACGCGCCAACGGUAUUGACAUGGUCUUCUUGACGGCGUCGACUGGCAAAAUCCACAAGGCUUUCUCCGAGUACAACACCCUGAACCAGGUCUACAACUGGGGUGCCCACAUCACCUGGGCCAAGGACGAUGUCUGUUGCGAUUGCCCUGUGGUUUUUGACCCCAGCUGCAAAUGCAAGAAGUAA